GAUCGAUACCCAUAGAGCUUAACCCUUACGAAUUUGAAGGGUGUGGUAAUCACCAUUGGGUAGCAACAAACCAUCACCUUCAAGCAAGCUGGAUACCUCUCCCGACGUCGAUUUCUACCAGCUCCUUGGCAUAACAUACGAUGCCCCGCUGAGUACAAUAAAAUCAGCGUACCAUAAGGCUCUUCUUGCUUCCCAUCCAGACAAACGAUCAUUCUCAUCCGGUAUACCACCCGUAGAUGUCGACUAUCGCACUCCUCAAAGAAGCGUACACCACCUUGUCAAACGUGUCCUCUCGCGUAGCCUAUGAUAAUAUUCUUCGAAAUACUCGAGUAAAAACCUCCACUGGACCGCGUCCUGCGCAGGUCAUCUCACUAGAAGAUUUUGAGGAGGCAGAGGAAGGUGUAUGGACACAUGCUUGUAGAUGUGGUGGGACAUACAGGAUCAUUGAAGAAGAUAUGGAUGCGGGAAGACACCUUGUCGGCUGUGAGAGUUGUUCCGAAGUUGUGUGGGUAGGAUAUGAGCUUGUCAAUGACGAGCAUCACGCUACCAACGGCUAAUCAAAUCGCCAAUAUUAAUGCUGUACAGGCUGAAAUUGUGCGGUAUGGAACCUGGACAUCUUACAUUUACUUGCUAAUGAUACAUAUAUUAUGUUUCCAGCGUUACACGAGCUCAAUCGACCACUAUGGCAUCAUCACGCUCUUUCAACCACUUCUUCACUAGCACUUUCCUUAACUCGCGGCCGAUUGCCAUUGCGACUGGCCAUGGCACGGCAUUCCCAAUCUGCC